UGCUUGACGUGUAAACAUGGAUGGCAGUAUGAUCAUCAUCAUGCAGAUCCUGGUUGCGCUGUUGGCCCUCCUCAUGGGGCUACUCAUGGUUUCCUUACAGUACAGCCGUCUGAAACAUCGGCCGACAUGUAAUUCAACGCACUGUGGCGCACGAGGCAGAGGAUCAGACCAGAGAAGAGUAGAGCACAGGCAAAACCACGCAAAUGUUCGUGGUGACAGAAACGUGGUGAUCCAGUUGCAUGACAGUGCUACAGCGACUGUUACCAUUCCAGAAGAAGAACGCGAAACCCCAGAUGAUGAGCUGGUUCUUCGACGAACACACAGGAGAGAAAGGCGCUCAGAAGAUGGUACAGAAGAGGUAGAUGAAGUCAUCUACGAAUUCUUCAACAACUCCGAAGGUCGCCAUCUCGCCAACACUGCUCUAUCUUUCACGUAUGAAGGGGCCAUAGUUGAGUCUUCAGAACUAGGCUCUGUUUGGGUUUUAAUAUCGGUCCCAAAUAUACAAACUGCAAAUCUGCUUCAAAAAGAUGCCACAAAUGGCAAGCUUGAGCGUACCAUAAUCCAAAUUCUUCGGCAGUCUGGAAAACCGAUCUUGGUCAAUGGUAAUCUAAAGGUGACCAUAAUCGAGGUGAACAUUCGACCUCUGUCGCGUAGUAAGAAACAUGAAUUCGCAGCUACAAGCAGCCAAAUGGUAACGGCGGUGAGCAAGGUCUCGACGACGAAGCCAGGAGGAAUCCUCGCUGAAAGUUGGCGGACCACAAUGGCUGGAAUCGGCCAGCUCAAGAAGGGUCUCCUUUACAUGAUGUCGGCUAGCGGAGAUGGUCCGGUGGAACAGGACAGCCAAUCCGAUCGAGUGAUGGUGGAAGUGAGGUUCACUACAGACGUAUGCCCGGAAGACACGGGCAUCGCAUCACUGCGUCAUUGCCCGGAUAAAGGUCCCAAAUUUGCUCAGCCCUCUUCUGGAAGCACCGAGUGCCACAAUAUGCCCCCUGCAUGGCAAAGUGGUCCUGACCCGGGUAGGUCACAUCGACCAUCUUUGGACCCACCAGACCAGACACACAACAACCAAACCAAGCCGAGCCACGAGCCAUCUUCAACUACAAAGGAACAGCAACGAGGAGACAACAGCGCGCCAGCGAAGUCACAAGCUAUAACAGUAAAGACAGCUUACACAGCCCACGUAUCGACUCUUGGUCAUGUAUGGUAUAAGUCGCCGGGAUAUGCUGGCCAAGAUUUGCGCGUGGAUCGUACAGUCGUCCGUUAUACUCUGUUCCUGGAAACACUGAUAGAAGAAGGUAGGUGCAUCGUCGCUAAUUCCACCAUCUCAAACAUGCAAUAA